AUGCUGAAAGGGGAAAAAGCCCAAGCCCGCGGAAUAGUUUACCAAGCCUUUGCUUAUUUAGAAAAAGAAUUGAAGCAAGACCCCUUAGUUAUUGCUGAGGAAGCAAUUAAAGAACUUAAACCAGAAUUAGAGACCGAAAAAAUCAGAUUAGGAGGAACCAGCCAACUAGUUCCCAAAAAAGUUAAACCCGAAAGAAGUUUUUGUUUAGCUUUAAGGUGGUUGGUAGCCGCUGCCCGAAAGAAAACCCAAAAAAAAAGACGAAAAGGAAUUGGUCGACCAAUGUUUUAUUGUCUCGCCCAAGAGAUUAUGGAAGCCAGACAAAAAUCCGGAGAAGCUUUCAAAAAGAAAGAAAAUGAGCAAAGAAAAGCAAUCGAGAGUAUGGCCUUUGCCUCACUAAAAAAAGAAAGAGGAAUUACCAUUACUUCGGCUGCUACUACUGUUUUUUGGCAAGGUCAACAAAUCAACAUUAUUGAUACGCCAGGACACGUAGAUUUUACUGCCGAAGUAGAAAGGUCUUUACGGGUUUUAGAUGGCGGAAUUGUCGUCAUUGACGGAAAAGAAGGCGUAGAAGCCCAAACCGAAACUGUUUGGAACCAGGCUGAAAAAUACAAAAUCCCCCGCCUUAUUUUUAUUAAUAAAAUGGACGGUGUAGACCAUGUAGAAAAUCGUUUUGCUGCUUGCUGCCAAAGUUUAGAAGAAAGAUUAUACGCUAAAUUACUCAUUUGUCAAUUUCCUAUCGGAGAAUACCAAGGAAUUGAAGGAAUUAUUGACUUAAUAGAAGAAAAAGCUUGUUAUUUUCAAGGCGACGACAAAGAAAAUUAUCAAAUUAAGGAGAUACCUACCCAUUUGCGCGAAAAAGCCCGAAUUCAUCGGCAAAAUCUAUUAGAAAAAAUUAUUGCUUAUGACGAAAAACUAGGCUUAAAAUAUUUGGAAGGCCAACCAUUAACCGUCCAAGAAAUUAAAAACUUAAUUCGGAAGGCCGUGCUUAGUGGGGAACAUUUCGCCGUUUUCUGCGGCUCAGCUUAUAAACACGUGGGGGUAAAAUUGCUUUUAGAUGGAAUAAUUGCUUAUUUGCCUUCUCCGCUUGACCGUCAACAAAUUGCCAUGCUUGACAACCAAGAAGAAAAAACGAUUUCAACCCUCAACUAUCCUCAUUCUCUUGGUUUGGCUUUCAAAAUUAUGAACUUUCCUUUCGCUAAACUCACCUUUAUUCGGGUCUAUUGUGGGAAAAUUUCGGCUAAUUCCUAUAUUUACAACGUCAAUAGAGACAAAAAAGAAAGAGUUAGCCGGCUAGUGCGAAUGCACGCCAACAAACAAGAAGAAAUAAGCGAAAUAAAAAUGGGUGAUAUUGCUGCCGUAAUUGGUUUCAACCACACGAAGACCGGUGAUACUUUAUGUAGCAAAGAAGAAAGUAUCUUUUUAGAGCAAAUUAGUUUUACGGAACCAGUGAUAUCGUUAGCUAUUGAAUCCAAAACCGCCCAGGACCAAGACAAAUUAAUUAAAAGUUUGAAAACUUUGGGAGCCGAGGAUCCCACUUUUCUUUACCAUUAUAACCAAGAAACCCGGCAAACGAUUAUUAGCGGUAUGGGAGAAUUGCAUUUGGAAGUUUUGGUUGAAAGGUUAAAAAGUGAAUUCGGGGUAGAAGUUAAAGUUGGCAAACCGCAAGUUGCUUACCGAGAAACGAUUAAAAACAAAGUGGAAAUUGAGUAUGUUCACAAGAAACAAACAGGCGGAGCCGGGCAGUAUGCCAAAAUUAAACUCAGAUUUGAACCUCUUCCCGAGGGUGAAGAAACUGACGAAAAAGAAGAUUUCAAGUUUGAUUACACCAAAUUCAAGCCUGGCGGUGGUGGGUCAUCUUUUAGGACACCGGGUAGUCAAGAAAACCAAAAUUUAUUCCAAUCUGUUUUGCUGGAACCAAUUAUGAAAUUAGAAGUAAGCAAUAUUCCAGAAGACUAUUACGGAACAGUUUUAGCUAGCAUCACCUCCAAGCGAGGAAUAAUUGAAAGCGUUGAAGAAAAAAGAGAAACUUAUCUUUUAAAAGCCCAAAUACCCUUAGCUGAAACUUUUGGUUAUUCUACCACUUUGCACGCAAAAAAAUAUAUUGACGAAAAUCUUGUGAACAAAGGAAAAAUUUAUUCUCUUGACCUUAGCAACCGGGAUUUAGCCGAAACGGAAGAGAAAAUAGACUUAAAAGAAUUUGUCAACUUGACAAGAAUUGAUGCUUCGAAUAACAAACUUACUAAUUUGGAUUUUUUAUCUACCUUGCCCCAUCCGGAAAAACUAAAAUGGUUAAAUGUUUGGGGUAAUGAAAUAAACCAAGCAGAUUUUGCUUUCUUUUUUGCCAAUUUUCCUAACUUAAAUUCAAUCAAUUUAGAAAACAAUCCCUUGGGAGGUGAAUACACCGAACAAUUAUUAAAGCAACAGCAAAAUCAAACUUCCGGGGGAGAAUUAAUAGCCCAACAACUCCAACAAACUCAUUUAUCACCUAGAGAUUAA